UGUGUCCCUCACUCACACUGGCGUCUGUGAGGCGAUUCCCGCCGACAGCUCUUGCUCGCCUACGUUUCCUAGGUGCUUACCGAGGUGCCUACCUGCCUACUACUUACCUACCUACCUACAUGCCUUUGAUACCUAGCUAGGUUGGCGUCUGGGAAUGUGGGCGUCGUGAUAGAACCUGGUAUCCCUGUUGCAAACGGCCGCCGCCCAUGGCGCUGGAUGGGCGGACCCAACGUUAGCCCCAGGCCAACCUCAGUCCCAGGCCGAUGCCAGUCCGGGCCUCUGCGCUCCCCCCACCCCCACCCAGCCUGGGUGGUUCCGCCAAGACUUCCUCCCGCGGGAUAUUAUCUUAUAGGACGCUCGGUUUGUGGGACCGGCGUGGGAUCUUGCCUCUCGGGCUCUGGGAAACGGCUCACUCAUCAGAGACCCCCUCUUUCUUGCUAAGGAUGGAAACCCAUCGUCCAACCAGGUGCGACCCCCCGAACUGCCUUGCCUGCCGGCGUCGCAAGCACACCCACCACCCCCUCUUUCCGUGCUGCGAACAGCUGUCACCGGUGAAGGGCAGGUACAUGCCAGGUACCUAUCAACCUAGGCACCUGAUCGCUUCCCCCGGCAUUCCAUAUGCCUGACAUGCCGGUGGCAUCAACACCUCCUGUAUCCACUGUCAUCGAUGCCUUGCUGCGUCGCCCUCCCGCAAUGCUGUCAACUUGGGGAUCUGGGUUGGCUGGAAAGGACGGGCCAGGCGUGAGAGGGGGAGCUGUUGGUUCCCAAAUCCGGGUUGGGCUCGGGCCUUUGCUCAAGCCGCUUGCAAAUCAACGCGGAUGUCAUGUCCUACUGCCGAACCAGGGGGGCCGACAGAUGACAGGGUUCAACGCAGCUGAUCAGCCACCCGUCCCUCCCUUGCCGUUGGCUCUCCGGCCCCUGUCCACUUCUCGCCGCGAUCCAGGCACGUAUUGGCACAUGCCUGGCUUCGGUUCCUGGCUUGAUGCCGGCGCUGAGCCCGUCGCUGAGGUUCCAAGGGGUGCCAAAGGUCGACCCUGCAUAAGAGAUUGCUAGAAGAUGUCUCUUCCAGCCUUGCUUUCGCUCGUUGGGCAUGCCUAGGCUGCAGGAGGAAAUAGAGAAGCAAAAGAGGAUGUAUGAAAAUAGAACAGGGGGUCUGUCAUUUCGGUUUCCAGAACCGCCACUUUUCUCGGCAUCCUGCAAGCCCACUCUACGACACACACACACACACACACACACACACA